AUGGAACUAGUAUCAUCACCAGAAUCACCUUCUUUAUUAUCCAUUUCCAACAAGCCAAAUAAGUCACUUUCCAUCAAACUCUCACAAGUUCUUAGUUCUUCUUCUUCUAAAGAUGCCGAAAUUAAAGCAGCUCUUAUUUCACUCUCAAAUAUUUCUCUUGAUGAAGCUAAUCUUCGGACCGAUUUACGAGGUGAACUUGAAAAGGAACAGAUUAGGAACAAUAAGAAAUUUCUAAAUGCUUUUGAAAACGUUGUCAAGGUUUUAUUUUUGAAAUCUGACCAAUUUGAUUUUUUAGAAACGCAAGUAAAAGUUAUGAAUAAUGAAUGUCAAGAUUUAAAACAAAAGUUGUCCAAAGUUCAAGUACAAACUUCAGAUAUGAUUGAACAAGCGAAUAAGCUGCAAGAUCACAAUAUUUCAUGCUCUAUUCAAAAGACAGUUAUAGAUCGAUUCUUAGAAAAAUUUACACUCAGUCAAGAAGAAAUCAAAACACUUAGCGACCCUUCAGAACCUAUUGAUAAUGUAUUCUUUACUUCAUUAUCACAUUUACAUCAGAUUCAUAAUGAUUGUCAACUAUUGCUUUCAACAAAGGACCAAACAGCUGGCCGGGAUAUUAUGGAAUCAAUGGCGCUGUAUCAAGAAAAUGCAUACAACAAACUUUACAAAUGGAUGCAAUAUGAAAGUAGAACUGUAUUCGGUGGAGAAAGUAUUGAUAUCAGUUCUUUGAUGACAAAAGCGCUGCGAGCUCUUAUGUUAAGGCCUGUUCUAUUCCAGACAAUUUUGGAUGAGAUUGGGUCUGCACGUCAUGAUGCAGUAUCACAAGCAUUUCUAAAGGCGUUGACCAGAGGUGGACCAGGCGGCACUCCUCGUCCUAUCGAGCUACAGGCACCUGACCCACUACGCUAUAUUGGAGAUAUGUUAGCAUGGGUUCAUCAGGCUUGUGCAUCAGAAAAGGAGAUGUUAGAGACAUUAUUAGGUGAAAACUCUGAAGCAAUCAAUGAGCUAUUAGAUUGUGCUAUGGAUGGUACAUGUAGGCCUCUCAGGACACGUAUGGAACAAGUCCUGACAUUACAACCAGGAGCUAUCACUUCGUACAAAGUUGCUAAUUUGAUUCAGUUUUAUGCGAUAACAUUGAGUAAAUUAAUGAGAAAAAAUACGAGUUUAGAAAGGGUUUUAUACGAGAUGACUGAGCUUGCAUACAAAUACUUUUUUAAGACAUUAAAUGCACAAGCAGAGCGACUAAUGCAAUCAGCAGAGCCACCAAAUCAUAAUCUGUCAAUUGUAUCUACAGUUCGAGAAAUGACGAAUCAAUUGAAAGAAAUCCUUGCAUCUUAUGAUUCAUCACUGGUUGCAAUAGGCAUAGAAGGAUUUAAUUUUGCAGAAACUUUAGACGCUAUUAUUGAACCCUUAUUAAAUACAUGCGAAUUAUCUGUUUCUAAGAAAUUUAAAAAGAUGGAUCAAGACAUUUAUAUGAUGAACUGUUUAUAUCGCAUACAAAAUGUUUUGAUUCCAUAUGAAUUCACUAAACAAAAAAGAGCAAGUAUUGAAGCACGUAUGAAUGAUAUAUUAGAUGACAUUGCACAUGAAGAGUAUAAUGAACUAUUACAGCAAUCAGGUUUAACUCAAAUUAAAGAAAUGUUAGCCACAAAAGAUCCAAAUACGCCAUUAUCCUCUCUUAUGGAUGUUCAAAUACUUACAAAUAUUAUGGCAAAGUUUGAUACAUUUUUAGUAUCUAUUAGUGCUGAUGUGUCUCCUCAAUUACAACGACUUUCUUCUUCUCAACACUGUCAGCAAGUUCAAUCAAAUGUGAUUCGUUUAUUACUAGAAACAUAUCGUGAAAUAAGCAAAGAGGUAAAUAAUGGAUAUGAACACCCAGAACUUAUUUUGCCUCGAACUGUACAAGAUAUGGAAGCCAUUUUUUCGUUUGUAUUAUAA